AUGGCUGUUGCAUUUGGUGAUCAACAUUUGGAGAAACUUUAUCAGCAAUCACUUUUGGUCCAUUCUCGUGCGCAUUUGUUACAUUUACAAUGCAUUUGGAUUGCAUAUUAUCUAUUUAUUGCAUUAAUUCAUUUAUUACAAUUUGAUUUUAUGCUAAUUAUUAAUGUAAUUAGUGCUAUAAUAUGUAUUAUUUUACAAGCUUUCCUACUUAUUAAACCAACAUUUAUUCGUUAUAUAUUAUAUGGUACUGUACAAUUACUUGCAACAACAACAAUUGCUUUAUUACCGUAUGGUUAUUCAGCACUUUUACCUAUUUCAUUAGUAAUUUUUACAAUUUAUGGUUUAAUACCAAUGAAAAUUAUUUAUUCAUCAAUUAUUUGUUCCACUUUAUCAGUGCUACAAUUACUUGCGAUAAUUUUUCUUACACAAAUACCAUUUACAAUAAGUCAGACAAAAACGAAAAAUUCGCUAACGAUGAAGAAAUUAGUUUAA